GAAUCUAAUGAGAAUGAAUUAAUUUUGGCUAUUUAAUUUGUGAAUUACUUACUUAUGCCUGUUACCCCUCGUCGAGGAGCAUAGGCCGCCCAUCGGCAGUCUCCAUCUAACCCUAUCCUAUGCAAUCCUUUCCAGUUCCUAUUCAUAUCUGCUUCCAAUUCUCAAAGCAAUGUGUUCUUUGAUCUUCCUCUUUUCUGUUUCUUUUUUUCAGGAUUCCAAGUUAGUGCUUUCCUUGUGAUGCAGCUUGAUGUUUGCCGUAAUGUAUGUCCUAUCCAUUUUCAACGUCUUUUCUUGAAUUACUAAAAUGAAUUAUUUGAUAAUAUUGUUUUAUUCAAUACUGGUCUAUCGCAUAGUUUAACUGUUAAUCUUUCGUUACCGUGCCAAACUAAAUCGUUUAUGCAUAAUUCAUGUAGAAGUGAGCUUACUUCUGACUGAUCGUUUUCAUAAUCCGUUUUAUGCAAUUAAGCUUUAACUAUGUGAUUGGCUAAUGUUAUGACGAGACAAAUAUAAAAAAGUUGUGACUUUUAGAACUAGAUUUCAGAUUAUUGUUAUCUGUAUCUUUAUUCUGUAAUUAGUAGGUAACUGUACUCCCCAUAUUGUAAGCUUUCGAUGGACGCAUUAACCAUUGUUAUACGUUUUACUAUUUCUUCGUUAUUGUUAAUUAAUAAUGCACUGUUUAUCCAUACUCUACCACCUAUGGUAUGAUUGUGUUCAAAGUAUUACUUACCAUUUGGUGUGCUAUGUGGUCAGGCGUUUGAAGUAUAUUAUAUUAUAUUGAAUAACGACUGAAUUGAUUACAGUAGCAAACUAGUUUGCUUCCCAUUUGGGUCUUCUGACUGACUACUAGGUUACAAGGAGCUCGAGAAUCAACAAGAGUUGGGUUCUUGUUCACCGGUCGCUGUGUUGUUCGGUAAAUAGAAAGUCACCAGUCCUAUCAGAGAUUUGGUGAUCUAAUCGAAAUUACAAUUCGGCAAUAUAGCACGUGAUAUCGGUUGGCAUUCUAAGCCAUAAUACUUGACUUUUUCUUUGUUGAAUAAUAAACUGAACCUAUAUAGAUAUGUUGUCUAUAUUGGGAAGGCAUUGUUGAUGUCGUCUUGUACGACUAUGGUUUUGCAACUAAAUCAUCCAACCCAGGGAAUAAUAAGCUACCAAAAACACCCACUCGAGGCUCAAAUAUCUAGCAUUUUACGGUCUAUCAUCAAAUGACUGUGUGAACAUUGUAGUUUAAUGACUUUGUCUCUCCAUUCUAUGUAUUAAUACAAAUAACUGAAGUGUUAGAUAUUACAUCCUUAAAGAAAUAAGCGUAUAGAACAGAUUUUCCUCACGAACUGAUACCAAGGUUAGUGUUGGAACUGUUCAGAACUGAGUUGUUGAGUCGGCUUCUGAGAACUACAACGGAGCCUCCAGAGGCCCUAAAGGAGCCGAAGAGUUUCAGCCAACUAGAGUAUGAGGGAGCUUUCUAGAAUAUUAACGUGGUAUGCUAUUAUUGGUCAGUAGCACAAUAUGCCUUUUAGCGAAUUGGCCAAAAUAUAAUGUUGAUUUGACAAAUGCUAAUAAUCUAUAAAUACCCAUGUUUUUCUGUGCAAAAAUGAACCUUCGGAGUAAAGUGCUUUUCGCUUAAUUUGCGCCUUUUCUCUCGUGUUCAGGUCGCUGCGUAGUUUUAGCUUGCGGGUUACCAGAAUAGCUUACGAACUGAAUAAAGCGUUCAAAUUAGCAAGAUUUAUCAGAAGUAUCGCUCAGCUCUAUAUUUUUAUUGAAAGACUAUUCAGCAAUGUACGCUAUUGAUUCCAUUUGAAGUGAAAACAAGGAAAAUCAGGUGUUGUGGUGAGUAUGACACCCUUAGAUUACUAUUCAGCAUACAAUGAUUUCCUGUCCGUGUUUUGUGGUUAUUUCAAUUUAGAACAUACAGGUCCCAGGAUAGAACAAUCAUUUCCAAUCUGUCAUAUGCACUUCAUAAUAAUCCCAUAGAGCUAUAAAAAAUUAUCAGACUUAGGUCAUAAUACACUACAGACAGGUGAACAUAGUUCAGCUAAGAUUGCAAAUAUUUUUGGUUAAAUAAUUCUUGUUCAUAUAAACAGUCAGAGAUCUCUGAUGACCACAAGUUAUACGACAAUAAACUAGAUAGUCUUCAGUUUAUUGCCAGUCUUAAUAGUAUUUAUAAUUAAUCAUUUUUGAGUUUAUUAUUUUGCAUACUCGCAAUAUUUACUUUACGUCUUGAAUCAAUGAACUCCAUUACAUCAUAGAAUAUAUAGGUAGAUUUAUCUCUUUAUUUGUUCAUGGACCUGUAUUAUCCAUUGUGCAAUUUAGUGGUACGGUGAUGGAUGGAUAUUGCAGCUUUCUGUAUCAAUUUUAGUCUAUCAAACUGUUUUGAUGUGAUUACAGAAUUAUUUCGUAAUUUUCUAGGAUGUCUCUUUGAAAACUUGGUAUUGUACCAGGUAAUAUAUUCUUCAUUUCAUUUGGGUAAUGCUGUUGAUCACCCGGCUAAAGGAACAGGAGUUAUGCUAUUAGACAUUUCAUGUAUUUUAAUUUGGAGAUAGGAGAUAAACUAUCAGUUCAAUGGAGAAUCUGGGAAAAAUUCAACUGAAGUUUAUUGAUCUUAACUAUGUAUAACUUCCUCUAAGUUUGUAUAAUCUUAUUGGUUACUGAAAAAUAUGUAAUUUUGAUCGACAGUCGGUCAUUUAUACCUAAACUUUUCAUUCGUAAGAUGAACAAAAUUGUUUUGAAUGUGUGUUUACACAAAUCCGAUCGGUCUGAUUAUGAGAACCUCAGUUAAACGAUAUUUAAACUUAUAGAAAUAACUGUUAACUCAAUAAGCAGCUGAGAUUCAACAAGACAUUGGAUUUUACUAUCGUUAGAAUACUGAUUUUGACUUAUAAAAGACAAAAGUGCAGACUCCGUUACUUACAAGAUACGUGUUGCUAAUUAUUCAAAUUAUUGAGGACAAAAAUCUUAUUAUACUGAAACAUCGCCUAGUGCAUUGACCAGGUCGGCAUAAUUGUAUACAUAUAUAUUGAUAAUGCUGAAGUAGUAGAAGAUAACUUCGAAUUCAAAAUAGAACGCUUACUUGAAAGUAGUUGUACGCACAAUAAUGUCUUUACUAAUCGUAAUAAAAAUGUAUUUUAGGAGUUAGCACUUGAUUAGACAAAGAAAAUACAACAAAGUACUGGUAGUGUGUUCGAAAUUAUAGACACGAAAAUUAAAAAGAAUUAUAUGAAAUUAUACCUAAAUAAGUUACGAAUAACCUUCGUAAAAUAUUAUCCAGUGCCAAAUUCAUGAUAUGAAAUAACUAGAUGAAUCGAUCCAUUGUUGCCUUAACUCUUUUUCUUUAUUGAUCUUCUAUGUGAAUAUCAGAUACUUUAUGAUUCAAAUAAUAGAAACAAGACUAAUAUUUAAUAUCAGAAGAGGUUUUUAUGCAUAUUAUAUUAAUUUUAAUAGUUGAGGUCAUAAGUCAAUUGAAGCUAGACC